CCUCGGCUCCGCCCCCUCGCGCUGCCCGAGCCGCGCCGCCGCCGGGCGUGGGCCGCUUCGGGAGAUCCUGCCCGGCUCCGGCGGCGCGUUCCGGGCGCCCUCGGGCAGGGCGCGGGGGCAGCGCCUCGCUCGGGCGUCGGAGGCUGCGGGACAGCACCUCCGGAAUUUUUAGGAUCUGUUGCAUUUUGAGUGGGCCUUUCCACACUCAACACUAAGACAUUUGGCUGAUAAAAUGGCAGGUCAAGUGUGACCUCUGGGGGUUACUGUACUCAGAGUCACGAUUCAGGUUGCUAUUUGUCUGCCUUCUUAAGAGACAUCCCCAAAGUCCUGCAGCUGGCUGUGGCCUGGGGACCAGAGCCAGGCUUGGCCUGAUGCGGAAGCCAUGGAGCUGAACUGCAGUGAAGUACCUCUUUAUGGGCAGAUGACGGUCUAUGCGAAGUUUGGCAAAAAUGUUUACCUUCCUAAAGAUGCCGAGUUUUACUUCAUUUAUAACGGAUCUCAUCAGAGACACAUCGUGAUUGCAGAGCGCACGGAGGAUAACGUUCUCCAGUCCAGCGUUCCAGGCCACAGGCUUCAGGAGACAGUGACGGUGUCUGUGUGCCUCUGCUCGGAAGGUUACUCCCCGGUGACCAUGGGCUCUGACUCCGUGACCUAUGUGGACAAUAUGGCCUGCAGGCUGGCUCGCUUGCUGGUCACCCAAGCCGAUCGCCUCACAGCCAGUAGCCACCAGACCCUGCUGACCCCAUUUGCCCUGACGGCGGGAGCAUUGCCUGCUCUGGACGAGGAGCUCGUGCUGGCUCUGACCCAUCUGGAGUUGCCUCUUGGGUGGACUGUCUUGGGAAAUUCUUCACUUGAAGUUUCUCUACAUAGAGAGUCUCUUCUGCACCUGGCUGUGAGAUGGGGCCUUGCUAAGCUUUCCCAGUUCCUCCUGUGUCUCCCUGGAGGAGUCCAGGCCUUGGCUUUACCCAACGAGGAGGGUGCCACGCCAUUAGACUUAGCUUUACGUGGUGGACGCUCCAAGCUGUUUGAAGACAUCACAAACUUCCAGGGCAGACGUUCCCCAGGUUUCUCCCGAGUGCAGCUCAGCGAAGAUGCCUCCCUGCGGUAUAGUCACUCAUCGGAAACACUGACCCUGACGCUUAAUCACACAACCGAGCAUUUGUUGGAGGCGGAUAUUAAACUCUUUAGGAAAUACUUUUGGGAUAGAGCCUUUCUCCUCAAGGCUUUUGAAGAGCAAGAAGCUAGGUCAGAGGAAAAAUCAGAUAUGCCCUCCAGCACUGCAGAAACCGAAGAAGGUACGCGUGCUCCUUCCCAACUCUGGGAACCCAGAAAGUGCUCAGAACUAACUGGUCACCUGGGAGUUGAAGUGUGUGGUGGAGGACAGCAGGAGCCGAGGGACUCAGAGGCGAGAGCAGGGUGCUGGGGUGCCGCUGGGCCCCGGGGUCCUCCAGCAGCGCCGAACGAAGAGAUUAAGAAUUCGGUGUCCAGCAGAUCAUCGCCUGGAAAGGAGAAUGUAAAGCGUGUGAAAAGCCCGGUGGUUCAACUGAAUGAACAUGAAGACCAGGACAGUCUAUAUUUGGAUCGUUCCUUUGAUGUCCUCAAAAAAUCCAAGCAUCCCCCAACGUUCCUUGCUGCCGGCCGGCUUUCUGACAUGCUGAAUGGCGGUGAUGAAGUCUAUGCUAACUGCAUGGUGAUAGAUCAGGUUGGUGAUUUGGAUAUUAACUAUAUUAAUAUAGAGGGAAUCACUGAAAACACUUGCCUUGAAUCCAUGGGUUCUACUCUGGGGCCUCAGAGCAGCAAGCCCAUCCUUCCUACUGAAACCAGCGCUGGCAUGUACCCACCAAAUGAGAACACAGAAGUCACAUCACACACCGAAGCCCAACCGUCUUUCAUGUCACCAUCUAGUUCAUAUGCUUCCAGUUUGAAUCUUUCUUUUGGUCUUCGUGGAUUUGAAAAGGAACAAAGUCAUCUAAAGAAAAGAAGUUCCAGCCUUGAUGCUCUGGAUGCUGACAGUGAAGGAGAGGGGCAUUCCGAGCGGUCGCGCAUUUGCUACACUCCAGUGUCUCAGAGUUCCUCGAGAACUGGCAUUCCUAGUGGGGAUGAAUUGGACUCUUUUGAGACCAACACUGAACCAGAUUUUAAUAUCUCCAGGACUGAAUCACUUUCUUUAUCAAGUAGCCUGCAGCUAAAGGAAUCAUUGUUUUCUGGAGUCCGCUCACGUUCUUAUUCCUGCUCAUCACCCAAAAUUUCUUUAGGAAAAACUCGAUUGAUCCGUGACUUUACAGUGUGCAAUUCAGCUGAAGAUGGUGCGCUCCACAGUGGCCGUUCCCUCCUUCAGUCUCUCUCACUGUCUAAAUCAGUGUCUCUGCUCCAUCCCUGUAAGCAAAGAGCUUACAGCUUACCGGAGCCACCAAGAGAAAAAAGAAUUCAGGAAGAAGAAUGGGAUAAAUACAUCAUACCUGCCAAAUCAGAGUCUGAAAAAUACAAAGUGAGCCGAACUUUCAGCUUCCUCAUGAACAGGAUGACCAGCCCUCGGAAUAAAUCUAAGACAAAAGGCAAGGAUGCCAAAGACAAAGAGAAACUGAGUCGACAUCAGUUUGUCCCUGGAACAUUCUCUGGGGCUCUGCAGUGUUCGGUUUGUGAUAAAACGCUCCUGGGGAAAGAGUCGUUCCAGUGUUCCAACUGUAAUGCAAAUGUACAUAAGGGUUGUAAAGAUGCCGCCUCUCCGUGUACCAAGAAAUUCCAAGUGAAAUAUAAUAAGAACAAACCGCAGACCAUCCUUGGAAAUUCUUCAUUUAGAGACGUCCCACCGCCUGGGCUCUCCUUGCACCCUUCCUCCUCCAUGCCUAUUGGGUUGCCGACCGGGAGGAAGGAAACAGCAGGGCAAGUCCAUCCAUUGUCCAGAAGCGUUCCAGGCACCACCUUGGAAAGCUUCAGGAGGUCAGGGGCAUCCUUGGAGUCCGAAAGUGACGGGAGCACCUGGAGAAGCAGGUCUCAGUCUGAUGAACUAUUCCAGCCCAUGGGCUCUUCUCCCUCCACGGACUCCUUCUUAAUGGAAGAUGUCGUGGAUUCGUCUCUGUGGAGUGACCUCAGCAGUGAUGCCCAGGGGUUUGAAGCAGAAUCUUGGAGUCUGGUGGUGGACCCCUCAUUCUGUAGUAGGCAGGAGAAGGAUGUCAUCAAAAGACAGGAUGUCAUUUUUGAGCUAAUGCAGACAGAAAUGCAUCACAUCCAGACCCUGUUCAUCAUGUCUGAGAUCUUCAGGAAAGGGAUGAAGGAGGAGCUGCAGCUUGACCACAGCACUGUGGAUAAAAUCUUCCCUUGUUUAGAUGAGUUACUUGAAAUCCACAGGCAUUUCUUCUAUAGUAUGAAGGAGCGAAGGCAAGAAUCCUGUAUUGGCAACGACAGGAAUUUCGUCAUCAACCGAAUUGGAGAUAUUCUAGUACAACAGUUUUCAGAAGAAAAUGCAAAUAAAAUGGAGAAAAUAUAUGGGGAAUUCUGUAGCCAUCACAAGGAGGCUGUUAGCCUCUUUAAAGAACUCCAGCAGAAUAAAAAGUUUCAGAAUUUUAUUAAGCUCCGAAAUAGUAAUCUUUUGGCUCGACGCCGAGGAAUUCCAGAAUGCAUUCUGCUGGUCACUCAGCGCAUCACAAAAUACCCUGUCUUGGUGGAAAGGAUAUUGCAGUACACAAAGGAGAGCACUGAAGAACAGAAAGACUUAUGCAAAGCUCUUUGCUUAAUUAAAGACAUGAUUGCAGCUGUGGAUUUAAAAGUCAGCGAAUAUGAGAAAAAACAAAAAUGGCUUGAAAUCCUAAAUAAGAUUGAAAACAAAACAUAUACCAAGCUUAAAAAUGGCCACGUGUUUAGGAAACAGGCACUGAUGAGUAAAGAAAGGACCCUGUUAUACGAUGGCCUUGUUUACUGGAAAACCGCUACGGGUCGUUUCAAAGAUAUCCUAGCUCUGCUUCUAACUGAUGUGCUGCUCUUUUUACAAGAAAAAGACCAGAAGUACAUCUUUGCAGCUGUUGAUCAGAAGCCAUCAGUUAUUUCCCUUCAGAAGCUCAUUGCUAGGGAAGUUGCAAAUGAGGAGAGAGGAAUGUUUCUGAUCAGUGCUUCAUCUGCUGGUCCUGAGAUGUAUGAAAUUCAUACCAACUCCAAGGAGGAACGGAAUACCUGGAUGAGGCGGAUCCAACAGGCAGUAGAAAGUUGCCCAGAAGAAGAAGGGGGAAGGACAAGUGAGUCUGACGAAGAGAGGCGGAAAGCUGAAGCCAGAGUGGCCAAAAUUCAGCAAUGUCAAGAAAUACUCAGUAACCAAGACCAACAAAUUUGCACAUAUUUGGAAGAGAAGCUGCAUAUCUAUGCUGAACUUGGAGAACUGAGUGGAUUUGAGGAUGUCCAUCUAGAGCCCCACCUCCUCAUUAAACCAGACCCCGGAGAGCCUCCCCAGGCAGCCUCAUUACUGGCAGCAGCACUGAAAGAAGCCGAGAGCCUGCAAGUUGCAGUGAAGGCCUCCCAGAUGAGUGAUGCAUGUCAGUCACCCAAGGAAGGUUGUGGAGAACCUGCUUUGCAGGAUGUGUUCAGUUCUCAGGACGCACCCGGAUCGCCUACUGCUUCACUAGUCACAGAAGGGACAGGAGGAAGAGGCUGUUGGGAUGUGGAUCCUGGGACCCAGGGUGUGGGAACCGACCUGGCGGUCUCUGAUGCGGGGGAGAAGGUGGAAUAUAGAAGUUUCCCAGGUUCUUCACAGUCAGAGAUUAUACAAGCGAUACAGAAUUUAACCCGUCUCUUAUAUAGCCUUCAGGCCGCCUUGACCGUUCAGGAUAGCCACAUUGAGAUCCACAGGCUGGCUCUCCAGCAGCAGGAGGGCCCGUCCCCCGGCCCCUCUUUCCGAGGCAGCCCCUUUCAGGACCAGGAGAAGCACCGAGGCCUGGAGAAGCGGCGGGAGGAGCUGGCCAACCUCCACAAGCUGCAGCAUCAGUUCCAGCAGGACCAGCAGCGCUGGCGCCGCAGGUGCGACCAGCAGCAGCGAGAGCAGGAGGCCAAGGCCAGCCGGCUGCAGGAGCGCGAGAGGGAGUGCCAGGUGCAGGAGGAGCUGCUGCUGAGGAGCCGGGGGGAGCUGGACCUGCAGCUCCAGGAGUACCAGCAGAGCCUGGAGCGGCUGCGGGAGGGCCAGCGCCUGGUGGAGAGGGAGAAGGAGAGGAUGCGGGCCCAGAAGAGCCUGCUGCGUGGCUGGAAGCACAGCCGGCAGAGGAGCGUUCCCGCAGCGUUGCCUCGAGGAGGCGCGGAGGUAAUGGAACUUAAUCAAUCUGAGGGUUUAUGUCAUGAAAAUUCAUUCUUCAUCAAUGAAGCUUUAGUGCAACUGUCACUUAACACUUUGAACAAACCGACUCCAGCAGAUAUCCAUCAGGAUGCCACUUACCCCCCAAGUAUAUCUCAUUCCGAUUUGGUAAGGACUAGUGAAAAUCAAGUAGACCUCAAGAUGAACAUUUCUCAGCCCUUGGACGUCAGCCAUGAACUGUGGAUAGCCGCUGGGUCCUGUCAUCAGAUACCCCCUCUCCACCAAAGCAGCAAGGAUUCUUGUAAAAAUGAUUUGGACCUCUCUCAGACUGCAUACCCGCCCUCCCAGGACUCAAAUCCGCAUGGCCCUCAGCUGCAAACGUUCAUAGCAGAAGCAAAGCUAAAUCUACAGAGAGUAACCAGACAAGACGGGGAAACUGGAGAUGGAGCAGAAGAAACUAUUGUUUACCUCUAAUUGUGUUGUUAUUUUUCCAAAUGAAACAAAAUACUGGCAUUUUGGGGGGAAUUUUUUUUCCUUUCCUGACGUGUGUGUGACUGUGUCCAAAUUGCUUUAGGAGUAAUGUUUAAUAUUUCGUGCAAGUUUAUUUUGGGGGCAUGAGUCUAAUAAUUAAAUUAUUGAAAACAAUUCUGUCUGUAUCAUCAUUAACUUAUCACACCUAAUUCCAGACUCCUGGAGGAGAAAUUAACUUAGAGAAGCAGAAAUAUGUUCAAAGUUGUUAUGACCCUAGAGUAAAAUUCUAUAUUGUAUUUUCUACGGGAUCAUUUGUUUUUUGAAAUGCCUUUUAAGAUCUAGGUGAAGCACUUUGGAUGGAAAGAGUUAUAUAAUUGGCAGAUUUUCACAAUCACAGCAGCUGAUUAGGAGAAGUGACCUCAGGGCCCUCAAAGGUGAGGAGGAUGUGGAAAAGGACUUUUCUUGGCUAGUCUUUGUGACAUCAAAGGGGUCACUCCUGGUGGUGAACAGUCACCAAGCAACCAAGGUACCCUAUUUGGACCCCUGUCCUUACCGGGUGGCCACUCUGCUGUGGACACAAUCUGGACUCUUGGGACCUGGGCCAGAGACUGUUCAGAUGCACCUUCGUGGUCCUGAUGCUUGUGGGCUUUGAAGUCAUAGUUCAGCAGCAUCUUUCAACACAGCCCAGAGGCAGGGCCCCAGCAAGUCGGUUCGAGGUAAACUUUAGUAGCGACACUUUGCUACUGAAGUAAGACUUUAGUAGCCCUUGCUUCUCUCAGCUGGCCCUGCCUCCUUCUGGUCCCGGGAGCACCAAAGACCACCACUCACUGGAAGGAUUGCUGCCCGGCAGUUACUGAAGGACAAAAACUGCUCUCUCGGGGAAGCUUGCUGCCUGAAUGUGCUUUUCCACAAAGGAAAACCGGCACGUCUUGCUUUCAGGGUAAUAUGGGUCUCUGUGUGAGAAAAUAAACCAGGAAAUGUUUUCAGUUUGUUCUUCAGAAGUAUUUGUGUAUG